GUGCCCCGGACCGGGGGUGGGGGGCGGGUCCAGGGAGAGCCAGGAGGCGGAAGUUACCGCGGGUCCUGGGGACGGCGCACGCACCGAGUCACUUGUCAGCGCUAGUCUGAGGCGGAGGCAGCGCCGCGCCGGACCCGAGUGUCUUUCAUUUCCUGGCAUUGGACUUUGAGCCCUUAGAACCAUGAGCAACUACAGUGUGUCCUUGGUUGGCCCAGCUCCUUGGGGUUUCCGGCUGCAAGGUGGCAAGGAUUUCAACAUGCCUCUGACAAUCUCUAGUCUAAAAGAUGGUGGUAAGGCAUCCCAGGCAAAUGUGAGAAUAGGCGAUGUGGUUCUCAGCAUUGAUGGAAUAAGUGCACAUGGAAUGACUCACCUGGAAGCCCAGAACAAGAUUAAGGGUUGCACAGGCUCUUUGAAUAUGACUCUGCAAAGGGCAUCUUCUACACCUAAGCCUGAGCCAGUUCCUGUUCAAAAGCCCACAGUCACCAGCAUGUGUUCCGAGACUGCUCAGGAGCUAGCAGAGGGACAGAGAAGAGGAUCCCAGGGUGACAGUAAACAGCAAAAUGGGAAAGUCCCACCUAAACGCCCACCAAGAAAACACAUUGUGGAGCGCAAUACAGAGUUUUACCACAUACCCACUCACAGUGAUGCCAGCAAGAAGAGACUGAUGGAGGAUACUGAAGACUGGCGUCCAAGGACUGGAACAACUCAGUCUCGCUCUUUCCGAAUCCUUGCCCAGAUCACUGGGACUGAACAUCUGAAAGAAUCAGAAACUGAUAAUACAAAGAAGACAAAGGAAAAGAUACCCCUUCACGUCUUUAGUCCCAAAUACACAAAAUUACGUGACUGGCACCAUGAAGUUUCAGCACGUGCUCUUAACGUACAGUGAUUUAUGAGCCUUGUCCCCUAAUCAGCCAGCACAUACCUUUUCAUUCACUUUUUCUUUUUUUUUCCAACUCCAUAGCAAAAUCUAUGUUAAAUUUGUCUUAAGAAAAAAAUAGAACCUUUUCUAUACUUUUCUAACAAUUUCCUAUUGUUGCGAGGACAAGGAAGAUGAACAUGUUUUGUGCUAGUUGGUAGCUCACAAAUGUAAAACCCCCAAAAAAGAAAAGUAAGGGACUAGUCUAUUCAGUGGAUUUAUAUCUGUUUUCAUUGUUAUUAGGGUAGUAACUUUGGAAAAGGAAUUAUUUUCAUAAUUUGAUUUUGGUGUUGGUUGGUUGAAGCAAAUAAUAUCCUUGUCUAAUUUGGAAAAUACUUCCUUUAUGUUAUGACAUGACAUUUCCCAAGAUUACUUUUAAAUUCAUUAUUAUGUUGUUCAAAGUUGAUUGUAAGUAAGUAAGGAAAUGUGAGGAGGCAAGACUCUAUUAGAGAAGCAUUUAUUUUAGAUACAGGUAUCUUUUAAAUCAGGAACUAUUCCGGAUGGCCAUGUGAAGAGAAGAAGGCCCAGAUUUGGUUCCUGCAAAAGGAAAGAAGAGAAUUUUACCCCCAUUCAAUGGGGAAAUACAGUGUUCUUUGCUUUGGUUGGAUUCAAAAGUCCUAUUUCCUACUAAAGGAAAUAUUUCUAAACUGGUGGAUGUUUUUAUAGUAUAGAUGAUUUCCAGGCAUUAACUAAUAAGAUAUAGAAAAGAUAGCUUUGCUUUUUUCUUAAUCAGAAGAAAAGAACAUAAAAUAAAUUGUAUUAUGAGUGAUUAUGGGACAUCAGAUAAAAUAUUUUCCUUAGUGAUACAACUACUGUGCAUUGCUGCUAUUCCUAGGAAGCUACGUUUUGGGCAAUACAUGGAAGCCAAAUAUAUGACCAGAAAUGCUUUCUGCCUUGUAAUAUAGUGUAUUAUAUAUUAGCUCUAAAUUCAGUAAUAAAUGCAUUUUGAAGUUUGGAAAAGUAUUGUAAUAAAGUUGCCUUUGUACUUGUUCUGUUCCCUUGAGACUAGUAACAGUGUCAUCCAGAACUUGUUACAAUAUCACUUCCACAAAAUACACAAUUCUCU